AUGGUGAUGGAGAAGCCAAGUGCCCAGCUGGUCGGGCGAGAGUUUGUCCGACAGUACUACACACUGCUCAACCAGGCGCCCGACUAUCUGCACAGGUUCUACGGAAAGAAUUCGUCGUACGUCCACGGGGGGCUGGACACCAGCGGGAAGCCCAUGGAGGCAGUCUACGGACAGUCGGACAUCCACAAUCGCGUGAUGGCGCUCAACUUCCGUGACUGCCACACAAAGAUCCGCCACGUGGACGCCCACGCCACCCUUAACGAGGGCGUGGUGGUGCAGGUCAUGGGUGAACUCUCCAACAACAUGCAGCCUAUGCGGAAGUUCAUGCAGACUUUCGUACUCGCCCCUGAGGGCACGGUGGCAAACAAGUUUUACGUCCACAACGAUGUCUUCCGCUACCAGGAUGAGGUUUUUGCCGAUUCUGACUCGGAACCACCUGAAGAGUCUGACGAUGAGGUGGAGGAGAUUGAGGAACGAGUUCCCUCCCCGGACGUCAUGGCCGAAGAGUCCGUCCCUGCUUUCUAUCAACCCGCAUCUAUUACUGAAGUACCACACCCUGCUGACGAAGAAAAAGCGGCGCCGGCGGCCAGUCCGGAGCCAGAACCCGAAGCGGAGAAUGAAACGGGCGCGGUCACCGCUCCUGAGCCAAAAUCCGCCGCACCGGAAACUCAAAGCGCCGCGCACACGCAGUCCUCAGACGAGCCGGCCGAUAAGAACCUCGCCUCAUCCGCGGAAGUCGGCGAAACGGCGCCCGCCGCACCGGAGGAGAACAGGCCGUUCUCGUGGGCUUUGGUAACCAGCAAGAACCUCCCGCCCAGCGGGGCCGUGACGGCGUCGGGUGUGACGCCGCAUGUCGUCAAAGCUGUACCCGCAGCCCCGCCUCGCGUGGAUGUGAAGUCAGAGUCACAGUCAGUGUCGCAGAGACCGCCGCAGCGUGACCCCCGACCCCGAGAGCAGCGGCCAGGGGCCCCGCCCCCCGCGCACAGAGGCCAACGCCCCGGUGAGUCCUCCAACGGAAAGCGAGGACGUCCAGUGCGGGUGGCUUCGUGCCCACUUUCUUUUUUUGUGUUUCAUUUCAAAGUCCGGGAAGGUGAGCAGGGCGAGGUGGAAGUCAGGCGGACGGUGCGUUACCCGGACGCCCAUCAGCUGUUCGUUGGGAACGUUCCGCACGCCGUCGACAAGAGUGAACUCAAGGAGUUCUUUGAGCAAUACGGGACAGUGCUGGAGCUGCGGAUCAACAGCGGAGGAAAGCUUCCCAACUUCGGCUUCGUGGUGUUCGACGACUCCGAUCCUGUCCAGAAGAUACUCAACAGUCGGCCCAUCAAGUUGCGCGGCGAAGUGCGGCUCAACGUGGAGGAGAAGAAGACACGCUUGGCCCGGGAAGGAGAGCGGCGGGACAUGCGGCCUCGCGGACCCGGCGGUCCCAGGGAGCGCAUCGGCGGUCCCAGGGGCCCGCCCGGCGCCGCCCGCGGGGGUGCCGUCCAAAAGCCUAGCUUCGGUUCCGGCCGUGGCGGCGCGGCGGCGGCGCCCGGAGAGACCCGCUACUCGGCGCAGCGCCCGUGA